GGUACGCACAGAGCGUUCACGGGCAGUCGCGAGCACGUUGCUAGUGGGCGCGGCUGGCCGGGCUACGGGUGGUGAGAGGCGAGCGUCCGCCUGAGUACCACGGGUUCCAGCACAGGGGUCUACGCUCGGCCCUGUCACUCUGCUGAGUGACACCGCAGUGUAUCUGAGGAUCUGUCUUCCGGCCUGUGUGUCGGCGGCCUCAACAUCCUAAGAGAAGCUGAAAUCUAUCAAUCAUCAUUCUUCAAAAUGCAAUGGAAUGUACCAAGGACUGUAUUCCGACUGGCACAUAGGACAUGCAUGGAACAACAUGCUGGUCUUUUUGGACACUGUCAAAAUAUAAAGGGACCUUUACUUUUUUAUAAAGCCGAAUCCAGGGUAGUUUUGGUACAGGACCCUCAAAAACAGUGGCUGCACUUAAGUGCUGCCCAGUGUGCUGCAAAGGAAAGGAAGUCAUUUGAUCCUUAUUCACCGCAACCGGGAGUCCUUCACCAUAAACAGUGGAAGCAAGAUGUUUUGUCCAAGAGGGUUACAUCAUCCAAUACCACAUCUCCAGGAACUCCUUCGGAAAAAAAAGAAGAACCUGAUCCUUUACAAGAUAAAUCUAUUAAUCUGUAUCAACGGUUUAAGAAAACAUUUAGACAAUAUGGAAAAGUUUUGAUUCCAGUUCAUCUAAUAACUUCUGGUGUUUGGUUUGGAACAUUUUAUUAUGCAGCCAUAAAAGGAGUGAAUGUCGUUCCUUUUCUAGAACUUAUUGGGUUACCUGACAGUGUAAUAAGCAUUCUGAAAAAUUCCCAGAGUGGAAAUGCUCUAACAGCAUAUGCCUUGUUUAAGAUUGCAACACCUGCUCGAUAUACCGUGACUUUGGGGGGAACCUCCUUCACCGUGAAGUAUUUGCGUAGUCGUGGCUACAUAUCAACACCACCUCUUGUUAAGGAGUAUCUACAGGACAGGAUGGAAGAGACAAAGGAGCUUCUCACAGAGAAAAUGGAAGAAACGAAGGAUAGACUCACUGAAAAAUUACAAGAAACCAAAGAAAAAGUUUCUUUUAAGAAAAAAGGAGAAUAGGACGCCUUAUAUGACAGGUUAUAGACUAUUCCUGCACUUUAACCCUUUGGAGACUAUGGACAAAGAUACAUGCUCCUGAUUAUAUUUUUGGUUAGUUGCCUAAAUAUACUAGUUCUCUGAGGGUUAAAGAACUAAGAUACCUUUUUAACAUUAAAUAUCGCUAGAAAAAUCAGUGUUUUUUUGAAAACAAAGUGAACCCAGUAUAAGAAUUUUACAUCAGUAGCAACAUUAAGAAGUGGUUAAUGUCUUAUAAGUCAGAGCUCUUUUUCAAGGUCUUCAGAAUCAUACUUGCUUUAUGUUUUUGUUGCAGCCAUAAUUUAGGCAGAUGAGGCAAUUGACUCCUUGAAUAACUGAUUUGGCCCAAACAGGAUAUUAACACUGGAUCUGCAUCUUUAUGUUAUUCAUUGAGGUUUUAACUAUAUUCAGUUCUCAAUGUGGAGACAAACUAUUACCUUUGAAUAAGAGGAAAUUUAGUGUUUCUAUAAAGAGUGUAUAACAAUUACCAGUUAAAAUACAGACUUUACAUGAAGAAAGUUGAAUAAAAAUUGAGUCAUAUAUAUGUAAAUAAGAUGCAUUGGUUCUAUGUAAAUGAAAAAAAUGACCAUUUAAAAUGAUUUUUACCUGAAUCUUGUUGUAAUCAAAAUUUUUAAAGCAAAUAUAUAUGGCCAUAGUACUUUUUCACCUAGAAAAACUUACUGUGACUUGUUUGUGUCCUCCGCAACUAAAUUUUCAGAGAAAAAGUGAAAAUAAUUAUACCUUUAUUGUUGAAAUCAGAUUAUCUUAAGAGGUGACUCAAGCUUGUGGUUGUCAAACAAAUACAGGUUUGGAAGGAUGGAAAAUGACAUCAGGGUUGUCAGUGGAGCCAACUCACUCUCCCUGUCGUGUGGCAGGCCUUGGUCUCUGCAAGCCAGUGCUCUUUCCUAGUGUCUUUGUUCCAGAGUUAAUGUUGAUGUCAUUAUAGCAUAAAUGUUUAAAUUGUAGCUGCCGCUUUCCCCCUUAUAUUGAAAUAUCCAUGCUUGAGAAUUUUACUUGAAUUUUUUACAUUAUCUGCUUGAAUGAAAUUUAGCCCUUGUCAGAUGUGAAAGUUGCCAUGAAUGUGUGGGAAUGUUUGAGGAUGUCUGUAAUCUGUUUCCUUUUGUUUUAACUGCUUUUACUUCAAUUCUGACCCUUGAAUUGAUAUUUGGAAGAGGGAAUGGCCUCUUUCUAGAUUGUCUAGAUUGUCAGAGGGACUGCCAGAAGCCAUCCUGCAGGAAUCACUACUGUUUGGCAGGAUUUUGUAUUUAAUAUUUAGUUUGGCCAAAUUUAGAGAAUACUUUACAGGGAAAAAAGUGUUUACAUUUGAUACAUCUAAUCAUGUUGGAACACUUCUUCAAUUAAUAGGCUGUGGUUGGAACCUUUCUUUUGAGGGAGCAUGGUGUGUAGUAGAGAGGACAAGAGCUGUUGCUCUGCCACAUACAGCCUUGAUCAGGAGAAUGGUUUGUCUCCUGAUACAGAGUUGAACAUAUGAUUUGAAAUUAACAGCACAUUUUCAAAUCUAAGUACAAUUUACAUGUUUUAACUUGUUUAUUAAAUAAUUCACAUUUUUGCAGAUAUUAAAUGUUAAGAUAUUAUCAAAUUUCUUGUUUAUUUUUCUUAUUUUUUUUAACCACUUGAGACUUUGCCUGUGUUUUAAAAUCUUGUAUAAUAUGGAACUCUUUCUUCUAAAACAAUUUCCUUCCACUCUGCAUGUUGCACAGAGCAUAUUUUCCAAUGCGGAUAAAGUGUGGGCUCUUUGAAGUCACUAAUAAUCUUGAGACUAAAAUUUUAUUUUCCUAAGUAUCCACCUUUUGUUUAGUCCAUUUGAGUUUUGUUGCAACCCAGUUACAUAAUUGUGUUGUGUUUAUCCAAUUAUAGAAAGAGAGAUGCUGAUGAGUGCUUUGAAAUUCUCUAGUGAAAAGUUCUCCGAAAAUAUGAGAAGUUCUUUUGUCAUUAUUUGGCAUCAGAAAUAUUUGUAUCAUGUCAAAUGCUGUUGCUAGCAUAGUGCUAACCUAGUCCUUAAGGCAAGCUACAAAUAGCUUACAAGGAGACACCUGUAAUAUGUUGUAUCAAGUUAAAUAAAUUGUCAAGCUAUACAGAGAGUAAAUAGUUUGCAAUAUAAAUAAUAAACCCCAUUUCAUUUACAGUCAACCUUAUCCUUUGGAUUAAUUCACCCAUAACUUCUGUGAGCUAUGAAGCAGAGCAGUUCUGUAUGUCUGUAUUUAAGUAGGAUGUGUUGACAGGGUAAGGAGGGGGCUGUCACUGAGAUUUAACAUAUAAAAAGUGAAUGAAAAGGGUUUGCUCAGUGAAUUAACAAUUGAAAUGGAAAAGAUUAGGUAAGAGAUUUAGCUUAUUCAAGAAUAAUAGCAAAGCCAACCUUUUAAAGUACCAAAAAAUGUCUUUCACUGAAACAACCUUUUGUAAUAUAAGUACUGUUCACAGAUUUCAACAAAAGAGAAAAAGAAUGCACAUAUUGAGAUUACCUUCCAGUAAUGAAAAUAAUAAAAUUAUGCCUUCAAACAUAAUCUUCAGUUUAUUUGUUGAUACAGAAUCUGCCCCAUUUAUAUACAAAUGAAAGAUACUACUGUAGUUCUUUAUGCUCCCAGAUGAAAUGGAGCUUUUGGCUAUCUUAUUUCAGUGAUUUUAGAAGAUAAUUCCAGGAAUUUAAAAGAAUUUACUACUUACUUGACUUUAUCUGUGCCAUAGUCUGCAAUGCAUCCGAUUUUAUAGGUCUAGAUGCCUAAGUGGCACAGGAGCUUCCAUAUGGAAAAAUGUGGACCUCUUCCACCUUUGAAUUUAACCACCUGGACCAGAAAUCUAUAGAACCAGAGGUGUGUACUUUU